ACCGCGCCAGGGACGAUCCCGACUCGCUGCCGCAGAAGGGUGCUUCUUCUGGAGUCCCUGUGACUGUAUCGUGAGUGCUGUCUCACCAGAAUGUGGCAGCUCUUCUUGGACAACCUCUCCUUGCUGACACCAAGCCCAGGAGCCCAGGCUGAUCCCACGUACAGCAGACACUCUAAGAGAAGUCUCCACAGACGUCAAUAAAGGCAGGGUCUUUAUAGUAUUUCCACUCACGACCUAUCUCCAAAACAUAAUUGAUGGUCCCGAAAGGAUUCACCCCAUUAUAGACUCUUGUAUCCAGGAUAUGAGGAUACUGAGCCAAAUGUGGCUAUGACGUAGCUAGCUGCCUGGGGAACCCACUCUCUAUGCAUGAGGUACCAUCCUAAGCACUUUGUGGGUGCCCACUUGUUCCAUCUCAUACCCACCUUGUGAGGCAGGCACCCUGAGUCACGGGAGAAACUGUAACUUGACAAAGGUUUAUGACUUGUCAGGGGGGCAUGGCAGCUGUGUCUGAAGUCUGUACCCUUGAGCCCUGGACCUGCACCCCACAUGCCUUACACUGGGAAGUGGGGACUGCCACGCGCCAUGCCUGUGGGGGACAGCAUUCUUCACCCAGGCAGACAGGACAGUUUUGGGGAGACAACAGAGUGUGGUGAAGAGCCAACCCUGGUGACCCCAGCCCUUCUGGGUGUCCGUCCCCCACCCAGGUCUCUGGCCAUCCUCUUCUGCUCUCUCUUGCAGGUUUCUGCCUCACAGGGCUCCUGACCUCGCCUCAGGACAGCCUCCCCUUCUCAGACUCUGGCCAGUGGACUCGCAAACCUGCUUCCGCAAUGGGUAACGAGGAGCUGUGGGUCCAGCCAGCCUUGGAGAUGCCGAAGAGACGGGACAUCCUUGCAAUUGUCCUCAUCGUGCUGCCUUGGACGCUGCUCGUCACCGUGUGGCAUCAGAGCACCAUCGCCCCCCUGCUGGCCGCACACAAGGAUGAUGGCAGUGACCCCCGGCGGGACGUGCCCCCAGGGGCCGACCCCAGAGAGUACUGCAUGUCUGACCGCGACAUUGUGGAAGUGGUGCGUACAGAGUACGUGUACACGCGGCCGCCGCCGUGGUCCGACACCCUGCCCACCAUCCACGUGGUGACACCCACCUACAGCCGCCCGGUGCAGAAGGCGGAGUUGACGCGCAUGGCCAACACGCUGCUGCACGUGCCCAACCUGCACUGGCUGGUGGUGGAGGACGCGCCGCGCCGGACACCGCUGACCGCACGCCUGCUGCGCGAAACCGGCCUCAACUACACGCACCUGCACGUGGAGACACCCCGCAACUACAAGCUGCGUGGCGACGCCCGUGACCCGCGCAUCCCUCGGGGCACCAUGCAGCGCAAUCUGGCCUUGCGCUGGCUGCGUGAAACCUUCCCGCGCAACUUCAGCCAGCCCGGCGUCGUGUACUUCGCUGACGACGACAACACCUACAGCCUGGAGCUCUUCGAGGAGAUGCGCAGUACCAGGAGGGUGUCCGUGUGGCCUGUGGCAUUUGUCGGAGGCCUUCGGUAUGAGGCCCCACGGGUCAACGGGGCGGGAAAGGUGGUCGGCUGGAAGACAGUGUUCGACCCCCACCGACCAUUUGCAAUAGACAUGGCUGGAUUUGCAGUCAACCUGCGGCUUAUACUACAACGAAGUCAGGCUUACUUCAAACUGCGGGGCGUGAAGGGAGGCUACCAGGAAAGCAGCCUCCUCCGAGAACUUGUCACUCUCAACGACCUGGAGCCCAAGGCAGCCAACUGCACCAAGAUCCUGGUCUGGCACACUCGGACAGAGAAACCGGUGCUGGUGAACGAGGGGAAAAAAGGCUUCACUGACCCCACCGUGGAGAUCUGAGCCCCGGAUGCAGGAGCCUCCUUCUCAGCCCUGUUCCUGGCCUUCCGUCCUCUCCCCAUGGCUAAUGGUCCCUCCAAGGCAAACUCCUAAGGAAUCGCUGUCACCCUCCUUUCAAUUCUGGGGGCUUCCGAGAGAACCCAGCCUGAUGCCAGGACAAAGGACUGAGAGCCUAAAGCACAGAAACCCCAGACCUGUCAUUCUCUUCCACCCAGUGUGGCCAGAGCCCAGCUGCCAGCCACGCCAUGCCCACCAGCACUUCCUGCACCGACCAGGCCCGCGGGAGCAGAUGCUGUGGGCAGCCAGGCCCGGAGUGAUGCCAGGCUGGGAGGGAGGUGAAAAGACCCCAACCGUCAAGUGGAGUGUGGCCCUCCGCCUCCCCAUUCCUGGGGCAAGCACCACCACACAGGACACCCAGCAGGUAAUCCUGAAGACCAGAGAGCACCCCACCCUCAGGCAUCAGGAACACCCCACCCCCUUCCUCGGAGAGCUACUCCCAAGUAGACAUACCUCUCUGGCUUUCCUCUGGUUUGAUUCCAGAGCAUAAGGCGACCACUCUGAAUGAGGGAGCCUGGACCUGCCGACAGGCCCCCCCUGUACCUCAGGGUCCGGUGGGAGCAACCCCUCCUCUGACCCCAUGUCCCGAGAGCCUGUUCUUCCAGCGCAGGAAGGAGGUGGCCUCCAGCCAGCACAGGUCACCGACAGGCCUGGACUAAGACCUCGUGGGCCCUGCCCACACACUGCCUCCCCACCACCUCCCAGGCCCCUGGGCCCCUGCCUGGACAGGGCCUAGGAAGGUCAGGCACCCCCUUCCUAGAGCUCCUGCGCAACAGCCGUCAGAGGCUCCAGGAACCCAGGUGGGUGAGGAGGACAGACGUCAGUCAGAGCAAUUCCACGAGGGGCACUUUCCUGACCUGGUCUGGGGUUUGAGGGAGGGGCUUUGGAUUAACAGGGGGAUUUAUGGAAAAGGCAAAGGUCAUUUGGAUACUGAGGGGGAAGAAGGAGGCGGGAGCACACACUACUUUGGAAGUCAUUCUAUUUUAAACACGAAACAGCAGAGAAAGUCCCACUGCUUCGCAAAGUGGGGACAGCCGCCCCUCCCACGUGUGUGCCGCGGCCCUCCGGAAGGAAGAUGCUCCCCUGGCCUCCCAGCCACCGGACAGGCCCUGGGCUUUCUGACGGAUGGCUGCUGGUGGCUAGCCCACUUACGCUCCUGAAAGCUGGAAGCACAAUUCCCUCCCAAGUGGAGGGAAAGGAGAGGCCUGAGCCUACCGAAGAAGUGUUUAUUUUUUAGCCGCUAACAGCCCCACUCCAUUUUAAACUGACAGGACCAGUCUGAGGACCCUAGAGAACCUGCUAGGUGGGUGGCAUCCGGUCCAGCAACCUAACCUUGGAAGAGUAGCACUGGCUGCCUGUUUGGAAACGGAUUUAACUUCCCACAGUAUUCAUGAGCCCUUUCCCCCCCCACCCCGGUUUCGAUCCUGAGAACCUGAGCCACGUGCAGGGCAUUUCCUGACCUUACAUUUUCCCCUGCUGCUUUGGAAUCCACCCCUUGGGAUCCGGUGGAAUGGGGGGGGAAGAGCAGGAGGAUGAGCGCAGGGCCCACCCGGCACACAGUCGACUCCUGCCCUGGCACCGCACUGCCUCGCCCGCCAAACCCAGCCCUGAACGCCCACCCAGCUCAGCUCAGCUCAGCUGGGCUGAGGCCAAUUUCUUAGCCAAAAACCCAGGGCUUGUUUUCAGGACACUGACAACUGAUAAGCAGCAAAAUGGGAUAUUGUCUCCUUUUUUUUCCUUUUUUCUUUUGGCAGAUGCUAGUUGAGUUGUUUUCACCUAAUAUCCUCUCUUAGCCGCAUGUGUAUUUAUUUAUAAUUAUAACCCUGGUGGACGGCAGCUUUCAACUUUGUUGGGAAUGAAUUUGAUGUAAGCCAGAUUUGGACUGUGGCUGUGGGACCAUGGUGACCAUUUCUUUGCCAAGCCUGGUCUGCUCCCUGCUCCCACCAUAAAGGAUGAGGCUGGGGGCCCAGGGUCCUGAGGACAGAGUGAGUGAGGUGGAGCCCAGGCAGCUGCACCAUCUGGUCUGUUUUGAUUUAACUGUAUUUAAUUUGUUUUCAAAAUUAAAAGUCAAAUAUGGUUUUUAA